AUGACCCCCACGGCUGUAAAUAGGUUGAACUGCUUCUGCGAUAGAGUGUGUCUGGUUUACGGAGACUGCUGCCCAGAUUUCUACUCAGUGUGUUUGGAUGAAGCCAACAGUUCUCUCCCUGUCCGACCUGGUAAUUACGAAUGGGUGGCUAGCCAAGUUGAAACCAUGACGAGCAGUAGUUCACAAUUCAGAUUCACGAUGAUCCUAUUCAAGCACAAGACAUGUAUAAAAGCUAACAUAAAAGUGAUGUCACAAUAUAUUUGGGUAAUAGGGGAAUGCCCCGCGUCAUAUAACGUCCCUUCUGUUGUCAAAAAAUGCCGAAAUCAAAGUGCAGACGUCAUUGGAACUGUUCCCGCCACUCACACGAUUCACAGAUUUAUUACAUUCCAGAAUGUCUUCUGCGCUGUAUGCCACGAUGUACCUCUCAAUGACCUACAUAUAUGGGAAACAUCCUUAAAGUGUGUAUCAGAUGUACACAAAGAAAACAUCACCGUCGAUAAUUUGCUGGAUUUCCUGAACAAUGACGAGUGUUUAUUGACACUACAAUUUCCACAGACAGUAGUAUUCAGAUACUGCCAUCGUUCUGAUGUCAACGAUAAUGUUUUUAAAAAUAGAAAUUCCGAAGAGUUUGUUGGAAAUCUCUUGCAACCGACCACACUGGGAUCAACAGUAGCUAUGACCACCUUCAGUUCCAUUGACAUCGGGAUCAACGAAACUAGCCAAAGUGAUUCGGAAACUCUGGCCAGAUUUCUGGAAUUGUGUAACGCAUACCGAUAUCUGGUUGUUGUUAUGUGUGAUAUCAGCAGAAAUGUUCACUGCAGAUAUCUAGAACCCGAUACACAUAUAGUUCCGUUUUAUAAAUAUAAAUGCAAUUUUUGUAAGAAGUUCACAUUUCCUCCCAAUUACCUUAGUCUAGGAGUUCUGUUUAGUUUUAGUGAACACGGUGUAACGCUUUGCAGUUUAACAUCCACCUGCAAGAGUCCUCAUCAGAAAGCGUGUCUCGUUGAUGAAGUUUAUGACUAUUAUCAGGACCGAUGUCGACCGCUCGUCUGUCCUAUAGGCAGGUCUCCAAUCAACGGCUCUUGUGUGAUAACUGGAAGUAUUGUGGGUGAUCUACAGCAUCAGAUAUUCCCACAUGGAUUUCAGGUCAUCCGGGUUAACAUCACUUACAACAAUGAUUCCUGCCACUUAAAUGACAAACUGUUUUUAGAAGUAAUAAAUGCAUCAUUUCAAACAGCUGGGAUCGAACCAAUUAAAGAAAACGCAUUAAUAUCAUUUUCAAAGAAUAUAUCUGAUCAUAAAAUAAUAUCAUUAAUAGUGGCAUCAAGCUGCUCACAAAAUGACAUAUAUAACUAUAGCUAUUCUUCACAGUUUUUGGAUGUUUUGUUUAAAGCUUUAAUUGACAGCCAUAAAGGUGGAAAUAUUACUGAAGCGAUUGUUAGUACAUUUCCCAGCAACGAGGAUCUUGGUUGUGAAAAUAACACUCAUGUUGUGAGUAGAAAUGGAUCUCUCGAGGAAAUCAACGAAUCGUGGUUUGUGUACCAUGGUCUCCAGUAUUAUCACCUGGAGAAUAUUCCAUUCGUCAUCAAAGUAGGUCUCAGCGAUGAUUCUGGAGCUAGUCUUGUAGAAUACACUAUCUGUGAAAUGAACAGUCGUCUGCUUGACUGUCCCAUGACCUCGUAUCCUGAAAACGAGACCGAGAGUCAGAACGAGACUCUUCAUAUCCUUGGCACUGACUUGUAUUUCUCUUUCGGAAGCUUUAUAUUUCACGAAAAUCAGGUCUACGUCUGUUCUAACUUCACCAGAAGCUACUUAUCGAACGAACUCGUCCAUUUCUUCAAUUUCAACCCAACACAAGGGCUGCUAACAUUGGUGUGUUCGGUCGUUUCGGUGUUUUCAUUAGCACUGAUGCUCAUCAUAUACUUUGCGUUACCAGAACUUCGGAACAUUCCGGGUAAAAUCGUCAUGUCAGUAUCGGUUUCCUUGCUGACGUCACAAACAUUGUUGUUGCUGAGCAACCUACCCACUGGUCUCUUCUGCAAGCUUUUGGGAAUCGUUCUGCAUUGGACCUGGCUUUCCACGUUCAUUUGGAUGACCAUGAUGGCAACCAACCUUGUAAAAACCUUCACAGCCAAAUCCACUGCAUUACACAGCCACAAAUCAUUUUUAUUUUAUGCCGCCAUAGCAGUGAGUCUCCCAGCUCUGAUAGUUGGCGUGUGUGUGGCAGUGGACAUGGCCGAAAUACCUAACAUGGCCAUUGGAUAUGGGGACAAUGGAGUUUGCUGGAUCUCUAAUAAGAAAGCUUUGCUCGCAGUGUUUGGUGUACCACUUGCUAUUCUUAUUCUGAUAAACGUUGUAUGUUUUGUAAUUACCAUAUGCUCUAUUGAAAGAAGUAUGGACAUCUCGAAAACGGCCACAUCUACUAGAAAUGAUAGAGUUAAAUGCAUUAUUUACUGCAAAUUACUAAUAAUCACGGGACUUACAUGGGCUUUUGGGUUUGCGGCAGGAUUCUCAAAUUCUGACGAACUUUGGUAUGUUUUCAUUAUCCUAAACGGUAGCCAAGGUCUCUACAUAUUUAUCUGUUUUGUGUUCAACCGCCGGGUAUUGCGGUUAUUGAAGACAAAACUGUCGAAAGCCAAAGAUCGUGAGGGUUUGAGCCACGAAUCUCGAACUUUAUCAACAAAAAUGUAGAUUUAAUUCUAAAAAAAUGUUUUUUGAUUAAUGACACCACUAGAGCACACUGAUCUAUUAAUCAUUGGCUAUUGGAUACCAAACAUUUGGUAAUUCUGACAUA